AUGGAUCAAGCAGUAGCGAGAGCAGUGGACCGAUUGGCAGACAAUCAUACGGCUUGGUCAGUUGAAAUUUUGUCUUCGAUCCUGUUCUCAGAUAUUUCACAGCUAUUUAGGGUUCAACAGUACUUCAAAGUGAUUGAUAAUGAUAAUAGCGUUAUUUUGAUGGCUUUGCGUGAUCUAGGCUGUCCAGAGCCACUGGUUCCUCUCUGCGCACCUCUUAUGGGCUUCUUCUAUAGAAGAAAGACAUUUCAAUCCCAGGCUUCUCAAAGAAUUGCGGGCGGAGUCGGAAAAUUGUCUAAUCAAGAAUACAAGGAUCUUUUGAGAAAGGAUUACGACACGUAUAAGACGCUUAUCGGCCAACACAAGUUCUUGUUCGGAGACGAAAUUACCCCGGUUGAUUGCACACUUUUUGGGCAGCUGGCCACAGUAUUAUAUCUUCCCGUUGAUAGCUACGCUAAGGAUGUACUGAAAGAAGAGUAUCCAGUGUUAGUGGAAUACUGCGAUCGAAUUAAAGACACGGCCUAUGGAAAGGACUUUACAUCGAUGUAA